AGCUGCCUUUGCUGUGUCGUUGGCUCAAUUCGGAGACGCGGCCUCACCCCAAACCUUGGUACCGAAUACAUUUGCCAACACGGACCCUGCCUAACCCCUCGGCUUAGUGGAGGAGCGCUUAGCACUGCUACCGUGUGCUGGUACUAAGGCAGGCACUAAAUAAGGAAAGACGUCGGUCCAGCCUUGCCUCCCGCUGUCCGCCCAGGAAGGAGCUGUCCCGUAGGUACACAUCGUCUUCCUUCCCACUCAUUCGUACUUCGCGGCUUGUUGGACCACCAGCUCUCGGCCCUCCAAUCGCGGCCCCCGUUGGCCAAGUCCACAACCACCACAACCACAACCACCACCAUCUCCCCUUCGUCUUGUCUCCUCCUUCUCGCCUACCACAAAUCAGUCGGCCUUCACAAUCCGCCUGGCCAGUUUCCUCCCCUGCUCCUUUCUCAUCCGCACACCGCACAUUGCGCUCUCACUACACGCGCGUGUUCCGCUUUGAGAAAUCGGGGCUCUCAGAUUCGCUUGGCAUCCGUCCGCCGCCAGACUUCCUGGGCAGAGAGAGUGGUCAUGAACACCACGUACUCUGCCGACCAGCAGAUGCCCGUGGCAGGCGCUGCGUAUCCUCCCUCGUCGGCUCCCACGUCUGCCUCGACAGCAAACUCGACAUCUCCGUAUCCUCCCUACCAGCCGCCGCCACCGCCGCACCAUCAGCAACAACAACAUCAGCACCACGAGCACCACCACCCAGCGCCUCUUCAGAAUCAGCACCCGCACUCGCACCACCACCUCCCACUUUCACACCAGCAGCAUCCACGUCAACUCCAGCAGCUUCCUUCGCGACAGUCGCAACCGAGCCCUCACGACAGCCAUGGCAACCACCAACCCCCGCCUCAUCCUCACCCUCACCCUCAUCAAUCUGCCCAACCGCCCCUGCCGCCGUCCACAUCUGCGCAUCAACACCGCAGUAUGAUGCCGCCGCCCCAGCUUCAGCCACCUUCGUCAGUGACGCAAAGCCUUCCCCCCCCCAAACAGGAGGAACAGUCGGCGGCGGCAGCUUCCGAGGCCACAGCCAUGCUCAAGUCCUACUCCAACGUGGAUGAUUCCACUGGCCGCAAAUACCGUUUGGAUGUCGUUCAGCAACCCAAGCGCGCUCGCAUGUGCGGCUUUGGCGACAAGGUCUCGACUCUCUCACCCAAAUGCUCUUUGGUGGUCGUCGAUCGGCAGUGACUGACACUUAGCAGGACCGAAGACCAAUCACACCACCACCAUGUGUACGGCUCAUCAUCACAGACGCUGGAACGGGGAGAGAAAUAGACUGCAAGUGAGCCGACCUGGCCCGUGUCUGACCCUCGAAUGCCGUCGGUCCACGGACGCUAAUGAUCCCGACAGUGCCAUUGACCAUUCCAUGUUUGUACUCAACGUGGACCUCUGGAGUGAGGAUGGAUCUCGCGAGGUCAAUUUGGUACGGUCGUCCACCGGUAGUCCAUCUAUUUCAUCCACAACACCCUAUUCUUGGUCUUCGCUCAACAGCGGGGAUCCGUCUAUGAGUCCCUACCCUCAGCACCAACACGUUUUGGCAUCCAGCCGCGAUGGAUCUUACCCCCCAGCGCAAUCAGGACCCUACGUCCCGGACUACCAGGUGCAGCCCGGGUAUAGUCAAGGACCUCCCCCCUUCCCACCAAACGGAUCAUAUGGCCCUCCACAGCAGUACUUCCCGCAGCAUCAAGGCUACAGACACGAUGGCAGCGUGGCGCCAUUGCCUUCGCAGACGAACAUGGUUCAGUUCAAUCGGAAUGGCGUUCCUGUUGCUCCAAGCUACGGCCCCGGUCCGGCCGGGCUUGGGGGAGUAGCAAUGGUGGGCAACCAGCCGCAAGGCAUGUUCACGCGCAACCUCAUCGGAAGCUUGGCAGCAAGCGCUUUCCGUCUCAGCGACACAGCGGAUCACAUUGGCAUCUGGUUCGUGCUUCAAGAUCUCAGCGUUCGUUCAGAGGGAACUUUCCGCCUCAGGUUCUCCUUUGUCAACGUUGGAGCGCGCGGUGGAUCCCGUCGUGAUGGAAACGCCCCGAAGAUCAACACCGGUCGAGCCCCAAUCCUAGCAUCCUGUUUCAGCUAUCCAUUCACCGUCUUCUCAGCCAAGAAGUUUCCGGGUGUGUGCGAGAGCACACCGCUCAGCAAAACAUUUGCGACGCAGGGAAUCAAGAUCCCCAUCCGGAAAGAUGCAAACGUCAAAGGCGGUGAUGAGGACGACUAUGGCGAGUAGUCUGGCCUCGAUGCAGUGCCAAUUAAUCUGAUCGCCUACUGCCAAGUCCAGCCCUGUCUUCGCAGGACCCCCCCC